AUGGAUUCCACAUUCUCUCUUAGACGCCUCGCCGUCGCUUCACUCCUUUGUGUUUCUCCCGCUCUUGUCAGCGCGCAGGCCGAGAACAAGGCCGCCGCUCUGCAGUCCUGCUUGACCACCGCCGGUGUCCGCAACGUCAUCAGCACCGAUGCUACCUGGGCCGAUGAGACCACCGGCUUCCAGAAGCGCAUCAAGGUCGACCCGGCUGCCAUCUCCUUCCCCGAGAACAAGGACCAAGUCGCCCUGUCUCUUGACUGCGCUCGGAAUGCUUCCACUUCGGCGUCUCCCCUCGGCGCCGCCCACUCCUUCCAGGCCUACGGCUUCGGAAACUCGGGCAGUCUGGUAAUCAGCAUGGCUGCCUUCAACUCCGUCUCUUUUGACGCCGCUACCAACCGCCUCACCUACGGCGGAGGUUCCCACAUCGGUCCCGUUCUCAAGGACCUUUGGGACAACCACGGCCGCCACUUCCCCCACGUUCGCGGCGCCCACGUCGGUCUCGCCGGCUCCAGCAUCGGCGGUGGCUAUGGCUCUUCCUCCCGCCACCUGGGAACUCCCAUGGAUAACCUCGAGUCCGUUGAGUACAUGCUGUACAACGGCACCAUCGUCAACGCCGCCAAGGGCUCCGACCUCUUCUGGGCCGCUCAGGGUGCCGGCGCCUCCUACGGUGUCCUUCUGUCCGUGACCACCAACACUCACAAGCCCCUCUUUGACACCGCCGUCAACUUCACCAUCGCCGGCGGUCAGCUCGACUCCACGGCCGCUGCCAAGGCCGUCAUCGCUACCCAGGAGUUCUCCCUCUCCAAGGACUGCCCGGAUGAGCUCGCCCUCCGCUGGUCCCUCAGCGGUCCCCCUUACACCGGCACUGGUUACUUCUACGGCAACCCGGCCGACUUUGACACCGUCAUCGCGCCCCUCGUCACUGCCCUCCAGGCUAUCGGCAGCAACGCCACUGUCGCUAAGACGGAGCUUCCCUUCUGGGACAUGGAGGUCGCCGUCGCCGGCGCCGGCAUGAACCAGCCCAACGGCGGCACCCUCGGCAACCGUUCCUUCUACACCCAGGCCCUGACCAUCACCACCGACCACCCCCUGACCGAGGCCCAGGCCAAGACUCUCUACGAGAGCACCACCAUUGCCUUCAAUCGCACCGACCUCCGCAAGUCCGGUUUCCUUGAUCUCUGGGGCGGCGUCUCGCGCGACAUCUCUGAUGCCGACACCGCCUACGCCCACGGCAAGAACCUGUGGCUCAUCCGCUGGGAGGCCAACUCUGUUGAUGCUACCUCCUACCCGGCUGACGGCCCUACCUACAUGAAGGGACUCAUCAAGCCCUUCGAGGAUGCCCUCGUUGCCGGCGGCGCGCCCCUCCGUGGUUUCGUCAACUAUGCCGAUACCGAGCUCUCCGAGGCCGAGUGGAGCUCCCGUCUCUACGGCUCCAACUUUGACCGUCUCAAGCAGCUCAAGACUGUCUACGACCCCGAGGGUGUCUUUGUCAACCACAAGCAGGCUAUCCCCCUUCCUUGA